UCUUACAGUGUUACUGUUGUCAACAUUUAAUGAAUAGAGAAGAUCCAUAGCAGGAAGUUUUCCUGUUUGUAGGCUCCUGUUUCUGUCAGAAAUCUCUACAUCUUUAAAGCAUGUGGUUUUACUGACAUGCUUUCAAUAAGUUGUUUGGGAUUACACAGUAAGGAAUCUCUCAGCCUGCACCUCUGAACUUCUGAAACGUUGGAUUUUUCUAGACUGUACGCAUGAAGAAAAUUUCUUCUUAAGACAAAGGACACAGGAGGACAAUCAUGCUGCAACAGAUUCUAAAAGACAUGUACAUUGAGCCGGCGCUGCUCUCCGAGCUCAACGAAGAGCAGAAGCAGGUUCUCUUCAUCAAAAUGAGAGAAGAACAGGUUCGCAGGUGGAAAGAGAGAGAAGCACAGCUCGAGAAGGAGGGAGCUAAAAUCGUGAAGCCCAAAAAAGUCUCAGUGAAGACUGUGUCAUGGCUGAAGGCAUCAGACAAUGACGUGUGGGUGUGGGUGAUGGGAGAGCAUCCUGAUGAUAAAACUUACGACCAGAUCUGUGAUGAGGUCAUGACUGAGAGGGCGGCACUGCAGGCCCAGAAGGAGGCAGAGCAACUCAGGGCAAAGAAAGAAGCCGAACUAGAAAAGCGUUUCUCUGGGUUGUAUAUGGAGAAGGAAGAAGCUGCCAGGCAGGAAGAAGCUCGAAAGGCAGCUGCCCUGGAGAAAAGCCGGCAAGAAGAUUUGAAGAGGCGGGAGGAGGAGGAACGACGAAAAGCCGAAGAGGAGGUCAGGAGGCUCAAGGAGGAAAGGGCGCAGCAGAUUUAUAUGAAUCUGAAGGAAGUACAGAGACGACCAAAAGGCCCAGACAAAGAGGAGAAAGCCUGGCAGGAUUCAUUGCGGAAAUCUAAAGCAGCUGAUCAGCGGAGACGUUCUCUAGCGAAGCAGACGAGGGAGGACCACCGCAGGCGUUCUAUAAAGGCACUGGAGAGAGGUCGAGUGGCAGCCAUGACCAAGGCCUUUGGAGGGGAGAAACCAGCUCUUCCACCUAGACCCAAACCUAGAAACCUCACUCUCACCAACGAGCCUCUUCACAGAGGCUCCGACUUAUGCCGUUCAUUGUCAUCGACCGGCCGGAAGGACAUUAUCCAUUGGUUCAGACAAGAACAACUGGCUCUUAGAGUUUGUUUCCAAGACGACAACAGCCGCAUCGCUCCCUGGUUCCAUGGUAAAUUAACGUAUAAUCUCCGUCAGGAGGCUGAGGAUUUGCUGAGCAAGGGCAGUCCUGGAACUUUCUUGGUCCGUGUUAGCGAUAAGAUUUUCGGAUAUGUUUUGUCUUACCAAAGCCCAGACGGGGUCAAACACCUCCUCAUCGAUGCUACGGACAACUGCUACAUGCUGCUAGGAGACCAGAUCAAGUUUGCAUCUCUGGGAGAGCUGGUGGAAUACCAUAAGGAUGAACCUUUAACACCUUCUGAAGUUGAUCGGCUGCUGUAUGCGUGCGGACAGAAACCUGGCACUCUGGACUACGCCGAUCUCUUCACCUGAAACCUGCAACUCAGUGAGCCAUGAUGCAGCAGAACUGAAUACAGAGUUAUGAGUUGUUGUUUUUUUACACAAACAUGGAGGAUUGUACUGUGUGUGGAACAAACCUGUCAGUGGUGACGUUGCAGUUCACAGUAUGCAGGCUCGGUUUCAACAUUAAAUAAACAAUGAACAGACAAGAAAACAUCAGGCUCAUGUAUGGUGAGCAGUUUUCAGAAAAAUGUAUUACAGUACUGACUGAGGAAGGAAUGCAAUAGGAUCAUGUAAUAUCAAUAUUGUAAUAUAAUACUCAUUUCUAAAAUAUCAGACAUUGUUAUACAUUUUUAAUAAAUGUAAUACACAUUUUGUACUAAAGUCAUAACUCCGCUUUUUUGAGUGUUUUCCAGUCAUAAAAGAAUUAAACAUCUCUUGGAACAUU